UGGUGCUGAAAUUGCUUGCAUGUGGGCUUUGCUACUCACUUGUCCCAAAAAAUGGCACUGUCUUUGUUAGAAGAAGCAUUAUACAAGGCUGAUUCAAGUGAUCCAGACAUUAUAUCUGCAAUUAUUGAUGGCUUCUCUCAGCAGCCUGUUUUGAAAGAAAACAGUGCCUAUCACUGGUUGGAUAUUAUUGAUAGGUGCUUCUCUCGAAGAACAGUCGAAGAAAUUUUAUCUGCUCUCGAGAUGGAAGCUGUGGACAGGGCUGAUGAUUUGAUUCCUGAAAUGAUUAUGUCAUUGAAGAAGGCAUCACCAUCAAGCCUUAAAAUUUCUCUUAGAUUGAUAAGAGAAGGGAGACUCCAAGGUGUAGGACAGUGCCUUGCCCUUGAAUACAGAGUGGUUUGUCAUGUCCUGCAGGGAGAGCUCAGCAGAGAUCUUUUUGAGGGCUGCAGGGCUAUACUAUUGGAUAAGGAUAGGAACCCAAAGUGGGAGCCUUCGAAAUUGGAUCUGAUCAGUGAUGAUAUGGUUGAUCGGUACUUCUCCAAAGUGGAGGAUGAAAGAUGGGAGGACUUAAAAUUCCCCGCUAGAUCCAACAUACCUGUAUAUGCCAUUGCCAAGCUCUAGCCUAGAGCCGCAAGCUGGAAUAAGCAUAAUUCUAGGGCAAGCAUCUCCUAUGGGAGUCUGUCUUGGCAAUGCACCCACCUUGUGUUUGGCCUGAUCUAUGUUUAUAGUAUGGACUGCCGUCGGUCACUUGCAGUACUCUUGACAGAAAUAGUUUGCUGCCUGUGCAAAUGUUGAAUGUGUAUCGAUCAAAGUGAAAUAAAUAGCUAGAGGGAAAUUAAAAUGGAAAUAUUUGUAUACAUUAUGUAAUGCAUAUGGAGAUAUUCUAUUAAUUCUAAACAGUUCCAUUGUCAAA